ACAGUGGAUGACAUUUUAACUUCUCUGUUUCCUUCAUGUGCUACAGAAACAAAUAGAAUUUUGUUUCUUUCUGCUUUUCCUUUCAGCUCUGCUGGUAUCUGUUCAUAUCAUGAAAGAAGUGGGUUGUGUUCCAUUCGUCUCAGUGAGCCGCUUCUAAAGUUACGGCCAAGGAAGGAUCUUGUGGAGACACUGUUGCAUGAAAUGAUCCAUGCCCUGCUCUUUGUUACUCAUAACUACAAAGAUCGUGAGUCCCAUGGACCGGAGUUCUGCAAGCACAUGCGUCGCAUUAAUCUCUUGACUGGAGCCAAUGUCACAAUCUAUCACAAUUUUUACGAUGAGAUCAACUUGUACCGCCAGCACUGGUGGCGAUGCAAUGGCCCCUGCCAAAACAGAGCCCCUUACUUUGGAUAUGUGAAGCGCUCAAUGAACAGAGCACCCUCUGCACAUGACUUCUGGUGGGAUGAACAUCAAAAGACGUGUGGGGGCACGUUCACGAAAGUGAAGGAGCCAGAGAAAUUCUCCGAGAAGUCCAAGCAGAAAACGCAGACUGCAAAACCUCCACAUCUCAAGUCAGCUAACAAAGGCAAGACACAAAUGCAUGGUAUGCAAGACCUGACUCCUUUUAGUGGAACAGGAUAUCGGCUUGGAGGAGGAGACGGUGUACUUUCAGAGAAAAACACAAACGCCAGCAGCUCCGCUGGAGAGAGUGAAGCACAUGGCUCACUGCAUCAUUCAGCAGUAAGGACAAGACCAACGCCUAAAAACCAGACAAAACUGGAAAAAUUCCCCCACAGCGGCACCUUUCUGCUUCAUGCCAAUGGUGCCAGUGAGAAGAGCAACUUCGCUUUGAAGCGUGAGUUUCCGAAGCCCUCUGCUGCUGGUACGGAAGAUGGUGAGAACGACUGUGGGCUGCCUGCUAGGAUGGCUCGUGCUGCUGAAGAAACAUCAAGCCAAGGCUCACCAUUUGGCAAGAGAGCUAUGCCAUCGUCUGACUGGUCACCAAAACGAAUUUGUUUGGAGCAGACCCCAAGAGCUCAGGGUGCAUCUGAGAAAAAAAGCUUAGAAGGUGUUAAUGCACUGCAGCGAUGGCCAAAAAAGGAAGACAAAACUGCCUUUGAAAACUAUUUCAUCCAAAAGGGGGGUACUGAUGUCACUGCAACUACAAAAAGCAGAGCUGAAUUUACACAGUCCUCUGCAGGUCCUAGCAAUCCUGUGAGGCAGGAUAGAAGAGUCAGUUGUCCUGUCUGUGGGACUGACGUUUUGGAAUCUAAAAUAAAUGAACAUCUUGAUUCUUGUCUUGCAUAAAACAGCAGGAAGUUUCUUACAAAGAUAAACCAGGGCUGGAAGCAUUGUUUGAAAGGUAAUUUGCUCAGGGUUUGCUCAGCUGUGGUUAUGCCCCAUGUGCCUGUUCUGAAAUGGAGUUUAAAAUGUAAUUGACCUCCGUAUCCUCAUGCUAGUAAGUAAAAAUUGUGUGGAAUGCUGCUAGGAAUACUGGUAAAGACUGUUCCUGGACAUGUCAUAAAAGCUUUCAUGAUUUCCCAGUUAAACUUCCAGUGCUAUACAGGACAAAUUAGGAUUAAAGUGGCAUUACCUGCCAGUCUUUAUUUUGCUUCUUCUGGAAGCCAGCCAGGUUUGUGGUUAGCAGGCCAGUCAGUUGAGUACUAAAGCCAUUGUGCCAUGAAAAGCUGAGUGCCAGGCACAUGUGCUUCCCAUGUGAGCUUCCUGAAACAUUCUCUUGCUGCACUAAGGUAUUUAACAGGUUAAACA